AUGGAGAUGGUUAGGUCUAUGAUGAGUUAUUCGAGGUUACCAGAUUCGUUCUGGGGUUUGGCAUUAGAAACAGCAUCGUAUAUUCUGAACAUGGUUCUGUCGAAGUCAAUUGACACUACACCUUAUGAGAUGUGGAAAGGGCGCAAGCCCAAUUUCUCACAGUUUCGAGUUUGUGGUAGUUCUGCACACGUGUUAGUGCAGGAACCUGGAAAGUUGGAGAAACGUUCGGAAGCACGAGUCUUCGUAGGCUAUCCCAAGGGAACGGAAGGUGGAUUAUUUUAUAGUCCUGAGGAUCAGAAGGUGAUCGUUUCGACGAAUGCUAGAUUCUUGGAAGAAGACUAUAUUAUGAAUCAUAAGCCCACGAGUAGAAUAGUCUUAGAGGAGUUAAGGGGUGAAAUCGAUGGUUCCCCACCGAGUGCGCAAGUAGAUACAUCACAUAAUACUGCAACACGGCACACUGAGAGUGUACCAGUGCAGACGGUGCCUCGUCGCAGUGGGAGGGUUUCUCAUUUACCCGACCGAUGGAUAGGUCUUGGAGAGUCAUCGGACUCAGUUCCAGGAGGCCUAGAAUCGGACCCAAGAACUUACGAUGAGACACUCCAAGAUAAAGAUGCAGAUUCAUGA